GGCGUGAGCGUGAACCCCGGGAUCUCUCCAUUCUCCCCGGGAUAAGAAUGACAGCCCGGUGGUGGCGACGGCUCCAGUGCUCCUCCGGCUACUAGAUGGCUCUUGUUACGGUGCAGCGAUCCCCCACCCCCAGCACCACCUCCAGCCCCUGUGUGUCGAAUUCACAGUUGGAAGAAAGUGAAACUGAAGUUUUCUGCUGCCAGUGUGAAGAUACAGAACACUUAAAUGGUACCAAUGAAGCAGACAGUGGGGAGGAAGAAUGCCGAUCACAGCCCAGAAGCAUCAGUGAAAGUUUCCUGACAGUGAAGGGGGCUGCCUUAUUUCUUCCACGUGGAAAUGGCUCCUCUACUCCAAGAAUCAGCCAUAGACGCAACAAACAUGCAGGGGAUCUCCAGCAACACCUACAGGCCAUGUUUACACUUCUCCGGCCAGAGGACAACAUCCGCUUGGCCGUGAAGUUGGAAAGCACCUACCAGAACCGUACACGUUAUAUGGUCGUUGUUUCCACUAAUGGAAGGCAGGACACAGAAGAAAGCAUUGUGCUGGGAAUUGAUUUUGCAUGCAAUGACAGCAGUUCCUGUACGAUGGGGCUUGUUCUUCCUCUCUGGAGUGAUACUCUUAUUCAUUUGGAUGGGGAUGGGGGGUUCAGUGUGUCAACAGAUAACAGGGUUCACGUAUUCAAGCCAGUGUCUGUUCAAGCCAUGUGGUCUGCACUGCAAAGCUUGCACAAAGCCUGCGAGGUAGCCCGUGCCAACAACUACUACCCAGGCAGCCUUUUCCUAACAUGGGUUAGUUACUACGAGAGUCACGUCAACUCUGACCAGACUUCAGUCAACGAAUGGAACGCUAUGCAGGAUCUGCAGUCCCGUCGCUCUGAUUCUCCUGUGCUUUUUACUGAUGUACCGACAGAGCGAGAACGUACAGAACUCCUAAUUAAAAUUAAAUUAAGAGAAAUCAUGAUGCAAAAGGACCUGGAAAAUAUAACAUCUAAAGAGAUCCGGACAGAGCUUGAAAUGCAAAUGGUGUGUAACCUGAGGGAAUUCAAAGAGUUUAUCGACAAUGAGAUGAUUGUCAUCUUGGGACAGAUGGAUAGCCCCACUGAAAUCUUCGACCAUGUGUACCUGGGCUCAGAAUGGAACGCUUCUAAUUUGGAAGAUUUACAGAACAGAGGGGUCAGGUACAUCUUGAACGUUACACGUGAAAUUGAUAACUUUUUUCCCGGAGUGUUCGAAUAUCACAAUAUCCGAGUAUAUGACGAGGAAGGCACUGAUCUACUGGCUUAUUGGAACGAUGCAUACAAAUUCAUCUCUAAGGCAAAGAAACAUGGAGCUAAAUGUCUAGUGCACUGUAAAAUGGGAGUGAGCCGCUCCGCUUCCACUGUGAUUGCUUAUGCUAUGAAGGAAUACGGCUGGAAUUUGGACAGAGCAUUCGAUUAUGUGAAGGAGAGACGCACAGUAACCAAACCUAACCCUAGUUUCAUGAAGCAGCUUGAGGAAUAUCAAGGCAUUCUGUUAGCAAGCAAGCAGAGGCACAACAAGCUAUGGCGCUCUCACUCGGAUAGCGACCUCUCAGAUCACCACGAGUCUAUCGGCAAAACAGGAAUGGACCUGAGUAAAAAGGACAUUACAUCAUCAGCAGAGCAGCUCUCAGACAUACAUCAUUCCUUUACACUGGGACCUCAAAUGGAGAACUGUAACCCAAAUUGCCCUAACAGCAACUCCUUGUGCAACACAACACAAUCACAUUUUGAGUUUACAUCUUGUGACUUUCACACUGGACAAAUAGAGGACAUUCUGAACCUCAACACCAUGAAUGGGUGUCUGGCACGAUGCUGCUUGGACAAGUCUUCUGUCUUCCUAGACAAUUGUAGACCUGAAAGACUGUCUGGAGAUGUAUCUUCACAUUCUGAAUCUUUCACUGAUAGAAGUGCUGAGCUGCAGGACUUUAUGCUGGAAGAUAUGGAGAAAGACGCACUGAAGAAUGAUGUGAACCUCCUGCCUAUGAGGGAGCUUGAAUCACAACCAGGUGAACCCCCAGAAUCCCCUUACCAACCUUCUUUUACAUCUCAGUCAGAGGACAUGAGUGCGGAUAGGAUUGAUUUCCUAAGUGCACUGGAAAAGUUUGUUGAAUUAUCUCAGGAGAAUCGGCCACGCACAUGCUCCACCACCCGGGCAGAGGAGCAACUCAGUAAUGUUAGAAAUGGGGGCCUAAAAGGAUCUUGGCCUGAAAAUGUCAUCUCUGAAAGCCCAGUGGAUAAGCUACGAGUUAGCCCUGAUAUCGGCACACCACAAGUUUCUGAAGACUCGUCUACAGAUGAGGAGCAGCCAAAGGAGAUUUCUGAGCAAAAAGACCAUCUCUCCAAAUCUCACUCAGAAAAUGGAAUAUCUGUGAAAGAGAUUGUAACAGAGAUCGAGUCCUUCAACCAGGGAGUAGGCCAGUGCCAACAAAAAACAGACAAUCUGUCUAGCCAAGUACAAGCACCAAAGAGAAACACAAUCCACGAUUUGUCACUUGAAGCUGUUUGUGAGCCAGAAAAUGGCAGCAAGUCUCCAGGGUGUGAGGGUGGAACAGCACCGUUACAGGAUAAGCCUAAUGAUCCAAAGUGUCAAGAGGGAAAACAAAGUUCUGAGGAGGAUAGUGAAAAUUCAAAUGAGACAAAUGACCAACAGGAUCUUUGUGGCCAGGCUCCUAAGUUGUGUGUAGGCUCUGUCCGAAGAGCCACAAUGGAGUUUGAGGAACGUCUAAGGCAAGAACAAGAACAGCAGCAUAUCACUGCUGUGGUAGUCCGAAAAAAUUCAAAGAAUGAUGCAGCAGUUUGCGACGCACCUACAAAGUGUAGGCUUGAAGACUCUUCACUUGAUAUUUUAGAUCACGAAAGGGAUACAAGGGUUAGACUAAAAAUUACAGGGUUUGAGGCUGCAGAAUCUCCCAGAUCUGAGCCAUCUACAGAUUCACAAUCAUCUCUGCUGUUUGAGCCUCUUUCUGAGCAGGAAAAACAGGACACCAGCCAUAUAGGGCUUGCAGUUAAACCUGAAGGAGCAGGGAACGAGCUCCAGUCGCCUACUACAGCUGAAAUCCUCGAGAGAACAAACGAGUCAGAACAUUUUCCAAAGAGGAUAGAAUUAGAUGAUGGCAUUGAAAUAAAGUUGUAUGAUAGUAAUGACAACAUUUCUCUGCAGGAUUCUGUAAUAUAUACUGGGGAAGUAGCUGUGGACUCGGAGUGUCAUCAUCUGCCAUUAGAAGCACCUUUAAGAAAUGUCUGUGCAAGCACAUCAGACAGUUCGGCACAUAUAGAAAACCUGCCUUUGCUCAAUUCACCAAAAUCAGGAUCUCCAAACUUGUCCUUUCCUGUCGAUAGCCCAAAGGAAGAGCUCAGUGUAAUAGAAUUGAAAGAUCCUUCAGAUUUUUCCAGUACUAAUUAUUUAUGUCACCCAUGUUCCAUUGUUUUAGAAGGUGCUACUGAAGAGUGCACCAGUACAGAUGAGGAUUUUGGCAACCUGUCAAAUUGCACAGACAAAUACAGCAGUGACUUCUUUUUGGGUGAGAGUGAGUUGAUGGAAAGGGAAGCAGACAGUGCCUUGUCACAAUUGAGUCCUGAAGAUCUUAACUUAAUCAAUAAACUCACUGAGAAUAUACGAGAACUACAUGAAGUAUUGGACGUCUCCGCUUUAUCUUUUGGCCUUCCCCAUAGCUCUAGUAGUGACAGCAUCAAAGACUCUGGAAACAGUCCCGGUGUUGUCAAGCAAAGAGCAAAAGAAAUUGAGGCACGGAUUCGGCAAGCUGGUCUCACCACUCCGUCCCAAAUGAAACGUUCUGCAUCUCUGGCCAAACUGGGCUGUUUAGAGCUUUCUAAGGAUGAUUUAUCCGAGAGAGAAUCUGUCUCAUCGGACAAUAACCUAACUUACCCUGAUCUGCUUCAGAGCUCCCUCCGGAUUGUGCCAGGAAAUUAUGAAUCAGAUUUAGAUUCAAAAUCAGAAGACCCACCUGGAAAGCUUUGCAUUCUUUCUGUGCAAGCUUCCACCGGGGUGGAACCCACCCAACAUUUUGUUGAACAGAUCAAGACUGCAGAGUGUAUUGUGAAAAGCAAACCAGUGGAAAAGCCUCUUGUGCAGUAUGCCAAAGAGUUUGGUACAACUCAACAGGGUUUACUUCCAGGUUCAGAGUCUGAAUUGACAGUUUCCCAGGAGCACCUUCACCGAUUGGUGGAGCUAGAACCUCCAGUCCCACUGUUAACUAUAACACCCAGGCAUGAGCAUGGUAGAACUCAUCCUUUGAGAAGGUUAAAAAAGACCAACGAGAAGAAGAGGACAACCAAUCCACUAUACAACACCAUGUAAUCCUGGAACUUUUUAGUGUUUGUUUUGAUCUUCUAAAGGGGCAGGUGUAAUAUGUGAGGAACGUGCACUUUAUUGGUUAAUUUUAUAUAUUUUGACAUAUUUUAUGUUUUACUGUUCCUGAUGCAUGUAUGGUAUGGGCUUCCCUUACUUCUCCUUCCCUUUGUAAGUAAUUCCUGACAGCACAUGUGUUAGUCAGUGUACAUAUAUAAAUAUAUAUCAUUUUUUUUAACUUUUGAGAACCUCAGAUGUUUGUUUUAAGAGCUUCAUAGCAGGUAACUGUUCCAAGUUAAUCUUCAGGCUGUGUCACCGUAUUGACAGUGUCUACCAAUGCUGUAGAAACAACGCGCACUUUCAGAUGCAACGUGUUUCGGCUUUCUUCAGCACUUCAAGUCAAUGCUCUGUCUGAGGAUUGGUGACUUUUCGAUGUCCUCAGCAAAUGUGAAAGAUUGUUGAUGAGCAGAAGUUGAUUAUCAGUCUGCUGGUCUUGCAGUGUUCUGAAGUUGUCGUCCUCGGUUGUUUUUAGGAUUUUCACAAAUCUUAAGUUAUUGUAGAGUUUCCUUAUUUUAUUUUAUGGAGUCACCUUCUUUCCCUGCAUUCUAUACCAAAUGCCUUUUUGGGGUCAACAGUUUUGCCAUGCAUCUAAAGAUGCCAUGGCAAAUCUAAGGUUCAUAGUGCCACUUGGCUGUUGACUUUCCACUCUUAAUAUAAACCUUACUGAACAACAUGAAGCCUAUUUUUGUGGCAGGUCUGGAUAAUGACAUUUCAUGUGCUUUGCUGCACUGCGGACAGUUCUAUGUAACUGACCAGCCAUGGUAUCUCCACUUCUCGAACCCCUGGCAGUACAUCUU